GCUCCGGUGGGGCCGGAGCAUCUGGUGCCAGCCCAGCGAACACCCCGCCGGGGCCCGGAAACACGAGAUGGCCCCGAGGGAGGGCAGCGGCACCUGCGCGGCCCUCGGACACCCGCCACGGGGAAGUGAAACCGUGUGGGGAACCCCGCGGCUCCACGUGGUGCUCACAACCGAAGCGCUGCCCUUGCCCGGCCAUGGGGUGGGGGGCUCCCCGAUGCCUCCCCACCGCGGAGGCGGGAACGGUCCCAUCGCCGACGCCGGGAGCUUCGCGGUGCUCGCCGCGGUGCGGCGGCUCCGGCUGGUCCCGGGUGCCGCACCGGGCUCACCGCCUCAUCCCGUCGGACGAUGAGAUGUACCAGCGCACUCGUCUGACGGUGCUGGAGCGGGAGUCCCCCAACAUCAUGUUCAUCGAGGGCUACAGCAGCCGCGGCUUCACCAUCAACGGGGACGUGGUGGUGGGGCCCUGCGCCGUCCUGCCCCGCACCAUCCUCCAGUGGAACGUCGGCUCCUACAGGGACAUCUCGCACGAGAGCCUGUCGCUGUUCCGGCUGCUGGAGCCCCAUAUCGAGAUCCUGGUGCUGGGCACAGGAGACAGGGUGGAGCGGCUGCAUCCAGCCAUGCUGAAGCAGAUGCGGGAGUGCGGGAUCGCCGUGGAGGUGCAGGACACGCCAAACGCCUGCGCAACCUUCAACUUCCUCACGAGUGAGAAGCGCAUGGUGGCUGCGGGGCUCAUCCCCCCGCGCACCACCUCCACGGGCGCAUCAGGCGCUGCCUACGCGGUUCUGCCCCCUGCCUGAAGCCCCCUGAGCACCGCUGGAGAAACA